AUGUUCCACCAAGUCCUAGAGGAGGAGAUAGAUCCAAAACACUACUUCAACUCAAAGUGCAGAGUAAAGAUGUCAGUAAUGGAUGAUACCGCUUCGGACCUGCCUGUGAAGGACACUGAUUGCAAACCAGCAGUUAUCAGAGCAAUACAAGAGUUAUCAACAGGAUCCCACACUCACCAACACCAUGUUCGGACAGCACCAAAAAUGAAAGAGAAGGACUUAAAAACGCGUCGGAGAGUAUCCCUCAUUAGUCGGGAAGAAUUAGAAGAUAAAUUCCUCAGACUUCAUGAGGAGAACCUGCUUCUCAAGGAUUAUGCCAGAAAGCAAGAGGAUAAAAUCAAGAGAAUGAGUACAAAAUUGCUGCGCUUGACAGCAGAGCUUGGAAAGACAGAGGAGAAUAAAACAGCGAGUGUAAGAAGAGAUGGGAGAGACCUUGAAGCUGAGGAAACCAUUGAAGACUUACAAGAUCGUGUGAGAGACCUGGAGCGGCGGAAUGAAGCCUUACGAAAUCGAGUGAUCACAUUCAAGCAACGUCUUCAGUUCCAAGAUGGAUGUAGACACUGUCCAUACAGUACAGUAUCAGCAAGGAUAGAUUCUGGAGUCAGACGAAAUGCAACUCUACCAGAGAAAACAAGGAGAGGCCUACGUGUGCAAAGUCUGGAGAAGAGGCCCCCACAGAUGUGUGAAGAGGCCCUCAGUGAUGAAGCCAGAGCAGAGAUUGACAGACUUUUCCAGGUUGUUGAAAAUCAAAACUGCAAAGUUGAUGACAGAUCUGCCACGUUGUUAAAGAACAUGGUAGCCAUGCGGUCAAGGGAUGUAGGGACAGAAAUGAUGCUGUCCCUUCAACGCAUACAGCAAACUGAAGAACAAAGGACUGUACUGCAGGAAAAUGUGAUGCAUAUUCGCCUCCAGAAAGAACUUAGAGAAAAGAAUACAAGUCUAUGUGCCCUGAAGGAACAGUUCCAACAGCUCAAGGAAUCAUAUGAAACAGAACUAGAGGAGAAGCAGAAGUCACUGACAUUGAGCCACCGGGCUAUUUUGACCCAGCUGGAGGAACUGAGCACACAACUGAAGGCAGAGAGAGCCAAGGUACUGGCCAUGGAAGAAGAUCAGCAAAGUGUCAGUAAUCUACAGACAUCUCUGCAUGAGUUCCAAGAGAGAGUAAAUGAUCUGGAGAAGGAAAAAGAACUUAUCAAAGAACAUUAUGAAAACCUGGUCAAAAGUACUAUGGACUCAGACCGUGUCAACACUUUGCAAGAAACUGAAAAAGAAUUGCAAAAGCAGAUUUUGCAACUGGAGAGCCAGAAUCAUUCACUAAUGAUUGAACAAACCCAGGUCACGGACCAACUUCUGCAUGAAAGAGAACAAAAAGAACACUUCAAGCAAGAAGUUUCUCAACUGCAGAUACAGCUUUUUGAGAAAACAAAUGAUAUCAUUGGACUCCAGGAGAAAGUAUCAGCCAUUUUGUCUAGAGGCAUCCACCGCAAAGGGGAAGUAACAUCACAAAACGUGCAGUUUCUUGAAGUAGAGGAAUUUGACAGACUGAGAGAUACAAACAAAUCAGUGGAGAGAUGGGAUGAAGAGAAAAGGAGAUUAGAAUACGAAAAUAAUGUCAAACCAAUUAGAAAUGAAGAAGAAACUCAAAGGGAAAGCACUGAAAACAGGACAGAGCAAGAUCAACAUCAAGAGAAGGAGUUACAGAGGAAAAUACAUACUAUGGAUGCAGCACAUGCUGAGACAAUCCUGGAACUUGAGAAGACACGGGAGAUGUUGCUCCUGCAACACAAAAUCAAUAUGGACUACCAAGAAGAGCUUAAAACUGUGAGACUAAGAGCUGAGAGUGAAAGCCGAGAUAGAGAAGACAUGGAACACAACUACAAAGACAGACUACUUCAGAGAGAUACCAGGAUCAAAAUAUUGGAGGCACAACUCAAGGAUAUUGCAUAUGGUACAUUUCCUCCUCGAGUAAUCCAUGCUGAGCCUUCUUCUCCUGAUGUGGAUUCCUCCCACCCUCCUGCUCUUCAUAGGGGGGAGACGCUGUUUGAGGUUCAUUUUGGGAGUAUCUGCUUUUCCCCACAAGGACUGAGAGAUAUUGAUGACCCACAGCCAGUCACCUUCUGCAUCUAUUCCUUUUAUGACUUUGAGACACAUGCCACACCUGUCGUGAGUGGAGCUAGACCGCAAUACAACUUCACUUCCAGUUAUGCUGUUGUCCCAGAUCCUGACUUUCUUCGCUUCUUACGAGUAGGAACUUUGACUGUGGAGCUUUAUCAAGUCAUAGGGAGUGAUCACCGUGAACUGGCCAGGGGUAGACUGCAACUUGAAGCUACUUUACAAAGUACAGAAAAAGUGCACAGGACUACAGAACUGACUGAUGCCUGUGGAAAAAUAAUUGGAGAGCUGGAUUAUUGGCUGCGCUUGCAUGGAUCUCUAUCCCAGACUCAAAGAUUACAAAGACAGAGAAACAAAGCAGCUGGUUACCUAUCCACUCACAGACAGAGUGCUGCUCCCAAGUCCAUCGUGUCAUCUCUCGCUGAUGGACCCCAGAAUGUGCUGGUCAUUCGGAUCUGGGGCUGCAGAAGGCUAUGGGGAGGGCGCAUUGGUUACCAACCCAGUCCUUAUGCUGUUUACCGCUUCUACCAUCACCAAGACCACUCCACCUGUAUCAUACCAUGCAGUAAUAACCCCCAAUUUGGGGAUGAAGUGUACUACCCUGUGUGCUUGACUAUUGACUUGGAGAGAUAUCUUCACAAGGAGCAUUUGUAUAUUUAUGUGUUUGAUGAUGAGGAAACAAAACCUGGAAGUUAUCUGGGUAGAGCAGAGGUGCCACUCCUAACCCUGGCACAGGGAGACAGCAUCCAAGGUGAUUUUGCUCUCUUGGACCCUGUGGGGAAGUGCUCUGGGUCGGCACAGGUCAGUUUGGAAUGGAAGUUUCCUUAUACGGCACCAGGCCACAGUGUCUGGGAAUCAGUCACUAGUUGCCAUCCACUUCCAGAGAGGCUGGAAAGAUCACAUUCACAGAAACUGUCACAAGGCAAAGUGUUACUCAGAGAUACUCCAAAGGUCCAGUCAAGAAGAACAAGGCCUUCCAAAUCUCGUAGAGUAGAGGAGAACCUUCAGUGGGACACAAACUCUAUAAAAAGGGGAAGAAGAGAUUAUCAGCCGGUGACCUACCACAAAAAAGAGCUAAUCCAGAGAUCAGACCCCUUAGUUGUAAAUCAAAAGGAUGAGAUGACCAUGGAAGUCGAGGAAAUUGAACUGGGAGAUGAAAUCCGGCUACAGGAACAGAAUGAGCAUAUAACGGAUCAAGAAUCUAAUCAAUCAGAGCAGGAUACAAGCUCUUUAUAUUCAAAUGUAGGAAAAGAAGAAACUGGGCAAAUGAAUGAAAACCAUUUUCCAAAGGAAGCAGGUGACCAGUCCACUGAAGAUUCACAAAGUACUGACAAUGAUGACAUUAUCAUACUUAAUCCUCAAGUUCCACAAAAAACUGCUUCUUCAAAGAUUCGGGUGGAGAUUGCCUCUCUUACCUUAGAUCCCUAUUCUGAUGUAGUAGCUGAUGAAACCGUGCAGAGAGUCUUUGUGGAGUUUCGUUUCCCAGGUGUACCCCUGGAGGAAACAGAGACCCCUCUGUCACUACACAAGCCCAGUAGGGGUGAAGAGGUAUACUUCCAUUUCAGCAAAGUGAUCCACCUGGAUGGAGAGGAACACAUGGAACGGAGACAGUUCCUCUACAUGCUCCUUAGAGGGUCAGAUCCAUCAAGGCAGAAACACAGACUGCAAUUUACAGUAGUGAGUGACCCCAUUAAUGAAGAGGACGAGGAGUGCCGUGAUUUGGGGUAUGCUUUCUUAGACCUGCAGUACCUACUAAGAAGAUCUGUGGACCCUGUUGAAGAAACUUUACAAAUUGUCAAUGUUCUGGAUCAAAGCCAAGUCAUUGGAGCACUUCGGGUAGCAGUAGAAGCCAGAGAUGCUGUUCGAGCGGUAUUUAGAGAGCAGAGAGUAAAGGCCAACAUGUCCUCCUCCUCGCUGCUCAUCAAAAGCUGAUUCUUUUAUCUAGUUACAUCGAAGCAAAAAUUACACAAAAUUUGAUUACCCAAGAUAAUGAUCCUGAUACACAUCUCUCAAUCAGUAAUCAUAUUCUGGAAUAGGUACAAGAACAGACCUAGUCCGACAGACUCUCUACCACUUUAGUGGUGCUACCUUCUGGAUCAAGACUGACAGCGUUAUUCCCUAAAGUGAAUUUAAAAUUUAAGGACUGAGUACUGUGCCAAAUGUUAUAGUUCAGCUAUUUUGGCCUAAGAUUUGAAAUUUCCUUGGAAUUCUAAAGUUUUUUCCAGACAAUUGUUUUUUGGGAAGUUUGCAAUAGUUUCCUGUUUAGCCCUUAAAUCAUUUGUUUGUUCUGUACAAGGAAAAUUAUCACACUGUAUACAUUCACUAUCUCUAUGUCCCCACUUUCAUAUUGUGUAUACUCUCUACCUACUGUGGUCUUGAUGCUGCAAUCAGGAGGGUAAAGCCAAUAAUGUGGGCCAGAUGGGCCUGGGCCCCACAUUCCCAAUAACAAAAGAAAUUGGAUCUGGGUUUGAUUGAAGGAACUUGCAUUAUGAACCAUUGGAGAGUACUGCUUUCCUUAAAUCAGGGGUAGUCAACCUUUUAACACCUA